CCCAGAAUGCAUUGCAACAAAAAGUCUCACUAUCAUGACGCAUCUACAACAUAGGGGAAAGCCUACACUUCUGAAGCCUUCUAUUUGCUAACCUUGAGGAGAGGUUUGUUCCUUCUGGUUAGCAACCAAAUAAUUAGCGUUGUCGCUUCCAGGAUUGCUUAGUAUGUGUCAUGAGUGCUCUCCAGCUGCCUUUUUAUUAGGGCUUGCUGCUGGUAAGAGGGCUUCAGUGGCGAGUAGCGCGCUAACCCCAGCUAGCUAACUGAAGUGGACCCGAAUUGGAACCAGUUUGUGAAACAAUAACUUAGGAGAGCAGCAUUCAUAUAAGAAGACAGCCGUCCAAAAAGGAAGGGCUGACAGUGGACGUUAAACUGGCGGGACAUUGCCCUAAAAGUGCACCACAAAGCCUGGCCACAUCAAGUUUCAGGCUACAGAUGAAGAUGAAGACCAAUGUGAGAAAGUAGGAGGAAGGGGUCAUUCACAAGAGUCAUGAAUCUUCAUCAGGUCCUCACAGGGGCAGUUAACCCCGGGGACAAUUGUUUCUCUGUAGGGAGCGUCAACAAUGUACCAUUCACGGCCUAUGCUUCUGGCUGUGAUGUGGUCAUUUUGGGCACCGACUUUGAACGAGUGCAGAUCAUCCCUGGUGCCAAACAUGGCAACAUCCAGGUGGGAUGCGUUGACUGCUCGCUGCAGGGAGGACAGAUUGCAGCUUCCUAUGGAAGCAUUGUAUGCAUUUUUGAGCCAGUUAAGCAUCUGGACCAAAAGGACACAUCUUUGACAAAGUUGAACUGCCAGUGGCAGAAGACUGGUCAAUUUGUUUUGCAGUCUAUAGUGCACAACCUGAAAUGGCACCCCAAAGGGAGCAUGCUUUUAACUGGCUCCAGUUGCCUGCAGUUAUGGUCUCAUUGUGAAGGAGGGAAAGACACUGAGGGGGGACAGCAGGCUGAAAGAGACGCUCUUUGUAGUUGGAGGUGCAUCUGGCAAAGCAAGACGGCCUCUCCUGUCAGUUUUAUGAAAUUUUCUCCUGAUGGAGAAUUCUUUGCUACUGCUGGUCAAGAUGACUGCCUGGUAAAGGUGUGGUAUAGCACAAGUAAGUGGAAGUCUGGGAUAUUCAGACUGUUCACCCCCCCGGAAUCCAGUGUCGACUUCCAGGGAGAGCUUGCCUUUUCCUUUGUGUACCUGGCCCAUCCACGCUCGGUCAUUGGCUUCUCUUGGAGGAAGACCAGCAAAUACAUGCCACGGGGUUCAGUGUGUAACGUCCUGCUCACCAGCUGUAAGGACAGCGUGUGUCGGCUCUGGGCGGAGACUCUGUUGCCAGGUGACAGCCUCCUAUCUGGUCACCAUAGCAACCAACACACUGAUACUGCCGACUCGUCCAGGAUAAGCAAUGGGAACGCACAAGCACCGGAUCCCUUGCUCACUGGCUACUUACCCCACAAUCAAAAUCGACAUUGCAACCACAAGAAGAGCAGCAGCAACCUUCCCCAUGCCAAUGCGCUCUGUCACUUUCACAUAGCUGCCAGCAUCAACCCUGCCACAGACAUUCCACUGCUUCCCUCCAUCUCCUCACUGAGUGCUGUGGAGGAUGAGGAACCUGGAGGUCUUUUCACUGUCCAUUGGCUCAACAACAAAGAACUUCAUUUCACUUUAGCAAUGGAAGUCUUCCUUCAGCAGAUUCGUGGCAGCCUAGAGCAACAGAACGAAUGCUCUCAAGAAGACACUGAUAACGAGGAUAACUUUAAUCAGGAAGAUGACAGGCCAAGUGACUCUCAAGGACCUGAUGUCCUGGAGCUCCCACUGGCUGCUGUGGAUCACCAUGUGGACGUGCGUUUGGAUGAGUGGAACAAAGGAGCGGACAUGCUGUUCAGCAUCCAUCCCAUGGAUGGCUCCCUGUUGGUCUGGAAUGUGGACUGGUUAGAUGAAUAUCAUCCCGGAAUGUUUAGACAAGCUCAGGUGUCAUUUGUGUCUCGUAUCCCUGUGGCGUUUCCUGCAGGGGAUGCGAUCUCCCUCAGCCACAGCGUGGUCAUGUAUGCUUGCAACAAGAACGUGGACCUGGCUAUCCAACACGGUAGACAAAGACCACCCGGAAACACAUUACCCCAAACCAAAUCUGCACUUAUUUCUUAUGGCCGUCAAGUAAAAGUCGCCCCCAGCAGUAGUCUUCGCCUGAGCAUAUUCACCCCCAACGUGCUCAUGAUCUCCAAGCAUGAUGAUGGCUCCCUCAACCAGUGGGCAGUUAGUUUUGCAGAGGACUCCGCUUUCUCCACGGUGCUCAGUGUGUCUCACAAGUCAAGAUACUGUGGGCACCGCUUCCACCUAAAUGAACUGGCCUGCCACUCACUGCUGCCUCUGCUCCUCACCACCUCACACCACAAUGCACUGAGGUCCCCUGAGGCGGACAGUAUUCUUGCACCCCCAGAGGUCUUCUCCUCUGGGCUGUCUUCUUCACACGGCUCUCGACCCAGCCGGUUGUCCCUUGGGGGAGUUUUGCAGGAUCCCAAUGCUAUCUACAGCGAGCUGAUUUUGUGGCGGGUCGACCCCGUGGGUCCGCUAUCCCUGUCAGGAGGCGUGUCUGAGUUGGCUCGGAUCAAUUCUCUUCACGCCUCUGCUUUCGCCAAUGUAGCCUGGCUGCCCACGCUCAUCCCCAGCAGCUGUUUAGGUGCGUAUUGUAAUUCUCCCAGUGCCUGCUUUGUUGCAAGUGACGGCCACUCACUCAGGCUUUAUCAGGCCGUGAUUGAAGCCAAGAAACUCCUGAGCGAGCUCUCCAAUCCUGAGAUAUCAAAAUAUGUUGGCGAGGUGUUCAACAUCAUCAGUCAGCAGUCCACGGCAAAACCUGGGUGUAUUAUUGAAUUGGAUGCUGUUACUGACUUUCAAGGAAAGGAGACACAGCUCCUUCACGUGUUUGAGGAAGAUCUAAUCCUUGGCAGUGAAAGACCUGACACAGUGGAGGAAUUGUUGAAUUCAUCUCAAUCUGCACAGAGCAAGCCCAUCUUCACUGCAAGUUUCUUCCUUGUAGUUGUUGAAAUAACCCCAAGUGGUCGCUCACUUUUACAGAUGUGGCAUCUUCAUCUCGCUGCCAAACCCGUCAAUGAGACAUUCACGGCCAAAUAUCCCCUCACAGCUGCUUCAACAACCCGCUCUCAGUUUAACUUUGAGACCUUCAGUUCCCUGAUAACUCAGAAGAGUAAACCCUGCACAUCCAAUCUGCAGAGCGCCUGUCGCCUCAGCCUCACCACACAGCGGCUUUGCAGCCAAGAGUUGCCUCUGCCAGCAGGAGUGGAGGCCAUCAGCAUUACACCCUCAGCAGGUCACCUCAGUGCAUCAUGUUCAAUGCCAGCUGGCCGUGUGCCAUACCUUCUUGCUACUUCCUGUUCUGAUGGGAACGUGCGAUUCUGGAGGUGUACCGUCACACCAUCGGAGACCCUCAGUAGUGACAAUUUGGUAUAUCGGUGGGAGGAGUGGCCUCUCCUUGUGGAAGACAGGCUUCCCAAUUGCAGUGCCGUGAGUGUGCCGGGUCGUCCCAUUCAGGUCAGCUGCUGUCACACAGGGAGGAUUGCAGUUGCUUACAGGCAGACAACACCAGAUUUGCCUUUGAAAUUGACACCUCAACUCAACUCUCACACACUGCUGACUUCUCCUCCCGCACUCGUUUCUUCACCUUAUUUGCACCACAACAACAGCCACACAAGCCAGCACGUUCCUCCCACCAUAACAGUGCAGAACAGCCCUAAUCUGUCCUCAAGCCCUUCCCUAGCAAACAGGAGAGAGCAGAUGGUCUACAUCAGCAUCUUCCAAUGCGAGUCCACAGGUGGUUCCCAGUGGAUCCUAGAGCAGACUGUAGUCCUGGACGAAGCAGAUACUGUAGCUAGCACAACUCCAUGUAGCAACAUCAACUGGCCUGUUCCAAAUGAGCACUGCCUUGGUUCUUAUAAGAGUCUGGUUCACUUAGACUGGGUCUCCCAAGAGGAUGGGUCACAUAUUCUGACUGUUGGCAUUGGGACAAGGAUUUAUAUGUAUGGCUGUAUCUCUGGCAAGCCCCCUGAACUCUGCCUUUCAUCUGAUGCCAGUAGAGACCAGUGCUUGUCCCGUCUGGUUUUGCUUCGAUCUGUCGACCUGAUUUCCUCUGUUGAAGGCUCACUGCCCAUCCCCGUCUCCCUAUCCUGGGUACGUGAUGGCAUUUUGGUGGUAGGCAUGGACUGUGAGAUGCAUGUCUACUCCCAGUGGCAGCCCCCAGCACCAGCCAAACCAAACGCUGCCGUUGUCCAAGACACAGACAUUUGCAGCAGUGUGUCCUCCAUUCUCUCUGCAGUCAGACAAAGCCAGGAGGAAGGUCUUACUCUUGGGCCUUUCAAUUCCUUACUGGCUCCUCCUAAAAAGGCCCUUACGAGGUCAAUGAUGAGCCUCGCUCAGAAGCUAAGUGGAAAAAGAACAGCUUAUGAUCUACCCAUGGAGAUGGAAGAUUCAGGACUGUUUGAAGCAGCUCAUCAACUCUUUCCCACACUACCACAGUAUCACCCAGUACAACUAUUGGAGCUUAUGGAUCUGGGGAAGGUUCGCCGUGCCAAAGCUAUCCUCUCCCACCUGGUGAAAUGCGUCGCUGGGGAAAUAGUAGCUCUGAAAGACAACGCCACCAACCCAGAGAAACGUGUACGCUCUCGGACCAUCAGUGCAGGAGGCAGCACGGCCAGGGAACGGAAAAUGUUUGGCAAAGAAGAGAACUCCACACCAGAUUACACAGAGAUCAGCUCCAUUCCUCCUCUGCCUCUCUAUGCCCUUCUUGCAGCAGAUGAAGAUACUCCCCCAAAGCCUGAAAAAGUCGGCAGUUUGAGUGGUGAUAGUGGGCAUGGAUCCAGUCACACAGACGCUUACGAUGAGUUAUUUCACACACCCAGCAUGGCGGAUUUGGACCCUCUGGAUCACGAUGAGCAAGAAGAAACUGGGAACAAGGUAAUUGACUUGUCCCAGUACAGCCCCACAUACUUUGGCCCAGAGCAUGCCCAGGUUCUCUCCAGUCAUCUCCUCCACUCCAGUUUACCAGGAUUAACCCGGAUGGAGCAGAUGUCUCUCAUGGCACUGGCUGACACCAUUGCUACCACCAGCACAGACCUGAAAGACAGCCAGGGCAAGAGCAAAGGCGGCGAGACGCUAGAUGAGUGCGGCCUAAAGUUUUUGCUCGCCGUCAGACUACACACCUUCCUCUCGACCUCUCUCCCGCCAGCACACCGAGCACAGCUGCUACGGCAAGGCCUCUCGACGUGUCACUAUGCCUGGGCUUUCCACUCGGAAGCUGAAGAGGAGCUGCUUCACAUGCUGCCCUCCCUCCAGAAGGGUGAGCCCACUUGGCCUGAGCUGCGGUCCAUGGGUGUGGGCUGGUGGCUGAGGAGUACCAACAAACUUCGCAGAUGCAUUGAGAAGGUUGCUAAGGCCUCUUUUCAGAGAAGUAAUGAUCCUCUGGAUGCAGCUAUAUUUUACCUGGCAAUGAAGAAAAAGGCAGUGGUUUGGGGACUGUACAGAUCUCAGAAGAAUCCCAAAAUGACAGAGUUUUUCCGCAACAACUUCAGUGAAGACCGGUGGAGAAAAGCAGCACUGAAAAAUGCAUUCUCUCUGUUGGGGAAGCAAAGGUUUCAUCAUUCUGCAGCCUUUUUCCUUUUAGCUGGCUCCCUGAAGGAUGCAGUGGAGGUGUGUUUGGAAAAACUUCAGGACCUUCAGCUGGCUCUUGUGAUAUCCAGAUUAUACGAGUCUGAGUUUGAGACCGCAUCCACCUACAAAAAGAUCCUCCAGAGACAUGUGUUGGGACACGAUAAACAGAUAUCAAUGCACCAGGAUCCAUUCUUGCGGAGCAUGGCCCACUGGGUGCUGGAGAACUACAGCAAAGCCUUGGACACUCUGAUGGAGCAGACUGCCAAUAACACAAACUCUGGGUCAACUGAUGCCGGUUCCAUGCUCACGUCCUCAAGUAGUGCUGAAGUUUUCAACUUUUACACUUACCUCUGCACCCAUCCGCUCCUCCUCCGUCGACAUUUCAGCUCUUCCGAUAAAGCCAAAGUAGCUCUGACCGCUGAGGGGCGCAGGCCUGAUUCCAUUAGCUUGGAAGAGCGAAGAGUGUUUUUCACUGCCGCAUACGCUCACUUGCAAGCGGGCUGCCCAAUGCUGGCGCUUGAAGUCCUCUCCAAGAUGCCCAAUGUCCGCAAAAACUCCAACCAGGAGGCCACUGACCUCAGCACUGGUAGUAAGAACCUGCUAACAUCAGAGCCAGAUUGGUCCGAAUCUGCGCUGAAUGGCUAUGAGUCAGGUGGGGACAGCCACAGCCAGUCGGAUUCAGUGUUGAGUUUUGACUGGAGCCAGCCGUCAGUGACGCUCCCGGAUGAGCCUCUGGACCUGAAGUGGGACAGCGACAAAGAUGACAACGACGAAGAAGAAACUAAAAAUGGUCAAAAUGUCAGACCUACAGACAAUGUGUUCCACGACACUCAGGACGCCAUGUUGCCUCCAAUGGAGGCCAUCGCAGGCGAGGAUAAUGUCGACAGCGACGACUUCAUUAACCCUUCUGAGGACGUUAUGGUAGCCCAGCUGAAGUUUACUACCUGCUUGAAGAUUCUGACCAAUGAGCUCAGGACACUAUCAACAGGGUAUGAACUGGAUGGAGGAAAGCUACGUUACCAACUAUACCAGUGGCUGGAAAAAGAGGUGGUAACUCUCCAGCACUGUUGCAAUUACAAGCCCUCUCUUCCAGAGGUGUCUCACCCAGAUGAUUCACCGGUGUCUGGAUUGGUUGAGGAUGAAGUGGCCACGAGUCCCUGUAGUGACAGCCAAAGGAGCAGGAGACAUUGGCUGAAGAGCAACCAGCCCUUACUGAGGAUGUUCCUGAGCUACUGCAGCUUGCACGGUUCCCAUGGUGGUGGACUGGCCUCUGUUCGCAUGGAGCUCAUUUUAUUACUUCAGGAAUCCCACCAGGACAACUACACCUCGUCAGCUGUGACAACAUGCUCUCAGCACACCUCCAUCCCUCUCCUGAUGGCGUGCACUGCCAACGUGAAGACAGUGGUGGCCAAUCCCAUAGUCCACCUGACCAACCUGACUCAUGACAUCCUGCAGACCAUCAACUCGCUCAACUCCCCUCCACAUCCCGAUGUCGUUGACAAUGAGAUAUAUGUAAUGCACACCCUGGCUGCUUCUUUGUCUGCAUGUAUAUACCAGUGUCUCUGUGAUGGACACUCGUACAGUCACAUGAACCACUUCACAGGGAUGGUGUAUCAGAGCAUCUUGCUGUCUCAGAAGCAGCCAACAAAACCUGCGGGCAUGGAUGAGACGAUUCAGCCAAACACUUCUCCUGCACAGUGGCCAGGUAUCGCCUCCAUGAGCCGUCUGUUGAGCUCAGCAGGUGAGGAGAGUCAGCCAGGUCUCGCCGUGCUGCUCUGUGAAGUCCUGACGGCUGUUUAUCUCAGCCUGUUUGUUCACGGCAUGGCCACUCACUCCAGCAAUGAGCUCUUUCGCAUCAUGGCCCAUCCUCUCAGCAGCAAACUCUGGGUGACUGUGUUUGGAGGAGGUGCACGGACCCCCGUGACUGAGAAAGCAAACAGUCCGGCAAAAACAACCCCACCAGUUUUCAGUGGUUUGGAACUACACCUCAUUAUGAUGAGUGUUUCACCGGGCGUAGACACCAGCGAAAGAAAGCCCAGGCGAUUCCGUCUGCUGUCGUCACGCAGUGCAUCGAGGGAAGAGUCCAAUAUCGAGAGGGACUCCCCUUCUAGUCCCAAGCCUGAGCCCGUUGUGGACCAGGAGGCCACUUCCAUUUUCAAAGAAUGUUUUGUACCCCCAGAGCUCAGCAUUUGGGAUUACUUCAUCAUGAAGCCAUUCCUGCCACCGACAGAAAACAGAGUUGAAUACGACUCAGAAGAGAGUCAUGGCAGCGAGGAUGAGGAUGAGGAAGAUGAACUUGAUGAUGAUAUAUUUCAUCCCAGCUCUCCUCAAAAAGAACAUACAAACUACAAUUCAUACAGUUGGUGUUUAAUGCGCUUGGCAAUGGUUCAGCUGGUGCUAGUCAACCUCAAGUCAUUCUACCCGAUGGCAGGAUAUGAUCUAUUGGACCUCCCUGUGGGCUCCCCGCUGUGUCACAGUGUGCUGAAGACGCUGCAGCGCUGGGAGCAGGUGCUGCAGAAAAGACUGGAGAUCUUUGGCGGCCCCCCCUCCACGUAUAUCGCCACACACUUUCAAGACGAAGCGGUCACACCGGGCCCUGCCAUUCUAAGGCACAAGGUUCUGUUCGAACCAUCCAAUACACCAUUCAGGACGAACCACCAUUCAGCCCUGCCUGUCAAGCGUCUUUGGCAGUUCUUGGUAAAGCAGGACGAAGUGCAGGAAACCUUUAUCAAAAACAUCUUCACCAAGAAACGGGAUGUGAGCCAGUCGGUUGAGGACCAGACUGAUAUGAAAUGUUCAGGGAUGGACGAGACGGGACGCCAUCAGACUGAGUCUGAUCUGGGAUGCCCUGGAGGGAAGGCCCGCAUCAUUCACAAGGAGUCAGACAUCAUCACGGCCUUUGCCAUCAACAAGGCAAAUCGUAAUUGUUUAGUCAUGGCCUCUACACAUGACAUUCAGGAGUUGGAUGUGUCAUCCAUCUUGGCCACACAGAUCUUGACGUGGAUCGAUGACGAGGAGGUCGAAGCUAAAGGAGUGGCCACUGAUGACUUCCUGGUGGUGCAUGCACGUGACGACUUUGCCUCCCUCCAUGGCACCACGCCGUAUACUCACAGCAGCCCCGGCACACCCAUCAACAUGCCUUGGUUGGGGGGCCAUCAGACAGGCCGCGGAGCCUCUGUGAUGAUCAAGAGAAAUAUCAACAAUGUGAGAAGAAUGACCUCCCAUCCCACGCUGCCGUACUACUUGACGGGGGCACAAGAUGGGAGCGUGAGGAUGUUCGAGUGGGGUCACUCCCAGCAGAUCAUCUGCUUCAGAAGUCCAGGCAACUCUAGAGUGACCAGGAUACGCUUCAACCACCAAGGAAAUAAGUUUGGAAUUGUGGACGCUGAUGGCAGUUUGAGUCUCUGGCAGACCAACACGAGUGGAGCCGCUCCCAAGCCCUAUCUGACACAGCAGUGCCACAACAAGACAGCUCAUGAUUUUGUCUUUGUUGGCUCCUCCUCCCUUAUCGCCACAGCGGGUCUGUCCACAGACAACCGGAAUGUAUGUCUGUGGGACACUCUGGUCACUCCCGCUAACAGCCUUGUUCAUGCCUUUUGCUGCCACGAGUCCGGCGCCACCGUGCUCUUAAUGGCGCCCAGGCAGCAGCUGCUCAUCACAGGCGGGAGGAAGGGCUGGAUCAGCAUCCUGGAGCUCCCUCACAGACACCAGCGCCAGAGCUUCCAGGCCCACGACUCGCCUGUGAAAGCGCUCGCCGUUGACCCGACCGAAGACUGCUUCAUUAGCGGGUCCGCCGAAGGCAGUAUUAAGGUGUGGAACCUGGCCACGCAGUGUCUGCUCUACAGCUUCCCCAACGAACACGCCCGCCAGUCGCUCUUCAGGAACUUGGGCACGGGCGUGAUGCAGAUCGAGGUGGGGCCGGCCAAUCACAUUUUCUCCUGCGGCGCCGACGGCACCAUGAAGAUGAGGAUCCUGCCCAACCGCUUCAGCACCAACAACAACAACAACCACCACCAAGGCGACCUCAAGAAUGACGUUGUCAAGUUCAUUUAGCUGGAGGGGGCUUUUCCAUCCUGUUCCGGUUCUUGGUUCACCAGCUUGAGCGCUGUACUCCAGAACCUGAAGUGGACACAGGGUGUUUUUUUUCUACAAGACAUACACUGCCAUGGUGGAGGUGAGAACGUCUUCAUCCUUCAUUGAUUGAAGUGUUCCCUGAAGUGCUUUAAGAUAAGCGUCACCACUCUCCAUCCAGCUAAGGGGGAAUCUCAAGUUUGUCAUCUAAAGCACAUUUGAAUUGUGGGGAAGUAAAACAGGUACUGGUCGUACUGCUGCCAGAAUUUCCUAAGCUUUUUUUCCCCCCGGACCCAAACAUACUAAAAACAUCUUGUAUUGUCUUAUAUUGUACAUAAACAACACAGAAGGCAGCCAUUUUAUACGAUAAGUCCUGCUUUAUGAUCAGUAAAUCAAAUAUAUUGACACACAGCUCACUUUGGGAAACCCUGCACUACGCCAAUGGGGAAGUAGUCCAGUAUAAAUGCCUGUACAAAUGACCUUUAUUUCCAGUGUUGUGACGAGCUGGGCUGGCACACGUGAUGCACCCGAGGCAGGCAAGGCAUCAUUUGCACAUCAAGGUGAAGCUAAGUAAACAAUAAUGUAAAUACCAUGUACAGUACAUUGAUAUGAUUCCACACCUAUUGUAUGAAGUGUCCUUAAUCCUUUGACCACUGCUGGCACAGUCCUGACAGCAGUCCUCAUCCUUAAAAGGUAUACGAAAGUUGCACAAAAGUAGCUUGCAUUUCAUUUCACAGGCUUUUUGCAUAUGUUCCCUAAUAAGCUGAAGAACAGGUGAGCUACAUUUAAAGUGGUUAGCUGGACAGUACAGAGGCUUUCUUCCAAUAAGAGCACACGCUGCAUUAUAUCCUCUUCAUUACAGUGGUUUCUCUUUCCUGUUGGAGAAUGACUUCUUUUUUGUGCCACUAUUAAAAACAUUGUAAAUGUCACAUGGAAGGAGAAUGCUGAAUACAAACAAGCUACGUAAUAAAGUGUUAAUAUUACCCCAAAAUGUUGUCAUAUUACAAUUUUACAUCAUUUUGUGAGAAUAAUGUUGACAUCCAAAAGUAAAGGCAUCAUUUGCAAGAUGGAAGUCACAAGAUUACAAGAACAAUGUUAAAAAUCGUGUGACAAUGAGGAAAACAACCUUACAUUUUACAAAUGUACGGUCAUAUGGCUAGAAAAAAAGUAAUUAUUUAUAUAGUCAUUAUUAUUUAAAAACCAAAACAUAUGGUCAUAAUAUUACGAGGACAAAGUCCUGAUUUGGCAAAAAUAAAUUCAUGUUAUGACGAACAAAAAAAAUCAUCAUUUUACGAAAAUAAGGUGCUAAUAUUACAAGAAAAUAAUACGUUUUUCUGAGAUUACAGUUGUCAUUUUGCCAGAAUGACACAGGUUUGCAUAAAUUCAUGUCGAGGAAAGUCAUUUUCAAGGUCACAAUUUCAGUGAAACCAGAUAUAAUAUUAGAAAGGUAUUUGGUAAUAUUGUGAAGAAAAAGUUGAUUAAAAACCAAAUUAUUUUAUGAUUAUUUUCAUAGAAAUGUUUUUUCCUCCUAAAAUUGACUUUAUUCUCAUAAUAUAUCAAUAUUAUCAUAUUAUUGUAUUCCUUCUUUAUCAUAUUACAGCCUAAUUCUCCUAAGAUUACAAAAUGUGACUUGUAAAAUUGUAACGUUAUUCCUCACAAUAUUGAACUGUCAUAUUACAAUUUAAAUAAUCAUAACGCUACGAUUGGACGUGUUCAAGCUUGUUGUCCGUGUUUUUCUUUUUAUUGUAUCUCUACAGGAGGGAGUAUGUUUUGUAUAAAGUAGAAAGAGGAGUCAUAGAGUAGUUGUACUUUCUAGUAAGAGAAGAGCGGGUCAGCCACUUGCUGAAGAAUUGUGUACAUUUAUUUAUGAAACUUGUAUUGGUAGGAAAAGGCACAUGGCUGUUUUUCUCUUUGUUUGGUGAUUCAGGCCUAAACAAUCACUGUGCAAUUUGUUUUUUCCCCCUUGCCUCUGGAGAGUGUAUGUGGAAAAAGGACUGGUAAACCCAUCAAAAAUGAAUUUUAUCAAAGGCAACAACUGUGUGCUGCUUCUACAAGAGGAUGGAGAGAGAGAUAAUCAAUUUCUAUCCAAGCAAACAGCUUGACUUUUCUUUUUGGAAACAAGCUUCCAUUUAAUCUUUGUUCUUACAACUGUGAAUUGUGAUUCCAUUUUACAAUGCAGUACGAAUUGUAUCAUUAAAAUAAAUUAUGCAGAAUAAAAUAUAGAAUGCAGAAAAUUGA